AUGGCUACUUCCUCACGUCGACUGCCGCUCGCUAGCAUUUCCAAUACCACCAAUUCUCCUCACCGUCCACUCCCCAACAGUGGCACGAAACGUCCCCGGGCCCUAGCAAACCUCCCGCAGCAGGAAAAUGAGCCGCCUCAAAAGCGGUUGGCAAGCGAGAAGGGCCCGCGUGUGGUCCUCCACCCCAUCACGCCGCAGAAGCAGCCGCCACCAUCCAUGCCAGAGGGCCGUGUCUUUGAACGGGGUCAAGGAGAGGACCGGUCCACGGCGUUCCAGCGGAAGCUGGUGGCUGCCCGAGACAAGGACAGGACUGGCGGCCUGCGCGCGACAAAGAACGUCGACGCUCCGUCAAAAGAAGAUUCCAUGAAGCUAUGGCAGAGACAAUAUAGGAAACUGUUCCUAACAUUCCGCUUCUAUUUCGACGGCUUUUCAGACGAGGCCAAAUCUCGGUGUCUGCGGCAGAUCACCGCUCUUGGAGGGCGCGAGGAGAAGUUUUUCUCAAAAGACGUCUCACACAUAGUCACCACCCGCCCGAUACCAGGCGAACUUGGGAAGAAUGGCUCGGCAGCUGACCACUCUGGCCAACACUCCCCUACCGAGGACCAACCCCAGACGAUCAAUCCUUCUUUACUCGAAAAGCAUCCCCGCGGACAGACGGCCGCAAGUGUCACACGCAAUGGCACUAACCAGCUGGACAUUCUCGUCAGAGGAAAGGAAAUGGGUAUCAAGAUUUAUUCCGUCGACAAACUGCAGAGGCUCAUCAGUUCCAUGCUUGCGGGUACCGAUGGCCAUAGCCACAACACGAAAGGCACGUCCCAUACCGCGCGCCAGCAAAGAGAAGAUUUGGGCGAGGUCUUGCGAAACGAGAAGCUUGGAGUGGCCUCGGAGCGAGAACUGCCAUUGACCUCAUUGGUGCCUUUUAAGGGACCGUUUGUCUAUGUUCACGAUAUGGACGAGAAGUAUCGCCCUACCAUGGUCAGAGAGUACCCGAAGCCUGCAACAAGGGCCGAAGGCGAGUGGCCCCAGUUCCGGUCCGCCGGCAUUGGAAAGUGCCCGUUUGUCGUCGAUCCGAACUUCGAGCAAGACCAAAGAAGAGCUCAGAAGCGGGCUCUUCAGCAGGAGCAACAACGUCAGCUGCAGCAACGACGGGAACAGCAGAUCCCGCGCACGCGGUCGAACGUUAGUGUCUCGACUACGGUCCCCCCGGCCCUCAGGCGCGUCAGUCCCAGGAAACCUUUGGCAAGUGUCCAGGCCCCUGCGAGAGCCGUUCCAGACGUUGUCAAGGACGAGAAAGAGCCGAAGAGCUAUUCUUCUACCGUGGAUCGUCAGCCAUCCUUUCCACCGAUGCCGAGGCGCGCCGAAGUUGAAUUUGUGCGCCCACCCAAGCUACAACUCGGGCGAGAGCCCGCCGCGUCGGGCAUCCAAAGGUCGAACCUGACCUCGGCCAUCCAAUCCCAGAUGAUUUCUUCUACCGCUGCUACCGGCGUCAAGGCGGGGACCAGCAAGGAGGUGCACCAGCAGUUGAAACGUCAAGUCCUCGAACGGACACAUACCGGAAGUCUCUCUGUCGGAUCUAUCCCGUCUUCUCAUCGCAUGACUGACCUCGCCGGCGCUCUGAAGACGGCUCGAGCCCCUGCACCGCAAAGAGCAGCCAAGAGCAAGGCGCAGGAGAAGUUGGGUGGAAUCCAAGAAGAGGUGGACCCGCACGAGGACGACAUUGCUGCGGAGAGGGCAGCGCAUGCUUCGAGAAAGAAGAAGUCGGUGAGGAAGGAUCCGAAGCCCGGCUAUUGCGAGAACUGUCGCGACAAAUACGAAGACUUUGACGAGCAUGUUGUUUCACGCAAACACCGCAAGUUUGCCAUGACUCAGUCCAACUGGACCGAUCUCGAUGCCCUCCUUGCCAAGUUGCAAGAGCCGUAG